GAUGAGCUGCGUCUGGAAGCGGGAGAGUUCUUAGUGCCCGUCGCCCACUUCCAUAAGGAGGCCUACCAGACGUUCGGCGUUCCCUUUUUGCUCAAACUAAAGCACAAAGAAAUGUUUACUUCAGUCAAGGAUAGGAUUCAGAAGAAGUUGGAUAUUCCCGACAAAGAGUUUGAAAAAUAUAAGUUCGCGUUAGUGACGACCGGAAGGAUUCAAUUCAUUAACGAAGAGAACGAAUACGUUAUAAACAAAGAGGACUUUCACGCCCAUACCAUCAAUAGUCCACUCCAAUCGAGUUCACCGUCGAAGCCGUGGUUAGGUUUGGAGCACAUAAAUAAGGCGCCGAAGCGCUCGCGUUAUAAUUAUUUAGAGAAAGCUAUAAAGAUUCACAAUUAAUGACUAAUUUUUUUUGUAAAUUUCUUUGGCAUUUAAGCCGACAUACAAAACAAUUUAUAUAAUAUUGAGAUAACAGUUGGUUAGAUGAGACGAUACGACAAAAAACACAAAACAGAUCUAAUUAUUUGGAUAUAAAUAGAGCUUUCGAUUGAUUUAUUUGUGUCGACAAUAAUUCACACACUUUUUUGAUCCUUACUAGAGAUUAUAACUUAUUAUAUACGGUAACUAUAAUUUGUUUCUAAACGUCGAUCCCCUAACGCGAGACAGUAUUUGAUAAGUGAAAUACGAGAACAACUAAAACCUACCCUUUGCUGUAAAUAAUAUGAUUAUAAACUUAAGACCUGGUGUUCGGACUCUCAAUACUUGUGUUCCGUUCGUUAUGUCGUCAACACAUGAACUCUCUCUCUCUUUCUCUCUCUCUCUCUCUCUCCUCUUUUCUCUGCUUUUAAUUUAAAUGAAAUAUAUUUAAAAAACGAGUUUUUAAUUAUACAUAAAAUUAUCGGGAUAUUAACGAUUAGUUAUACCGUAAAAAGCGACUGAUUUUUAAAGCAAAAUAUUUCUUUUGUAAUUUCAAUUAAAAACUUUAUUAAUAUUUUGAAGCAAUUAUUUAAAACGAGUAUAAAAAGCAAAUCAAUUAUAAUUUGUAAAUAAAUGGCUAUUAUUUUUGAAUGUAAUUUAAUUGCUAUUAAAAAACACGUCAAAUCUUUUGAAACAAAAUUUAUAUACAAAA